AAUAAAAGUCGCUCCGUCGAUUCGGAAGAUCUUAAUUGUGGAAUUUUUGCUGCACCGAACUUAGAAAUCGAACGCAGAACAUUCGAUGAGGACGAACCGUAAAUUAAAUAUACUCGCUGAAAGUGAACCAGGUGUCGGAUGUCAAAGAGUGGCAAUUAGCAAGCGAAAUCUCGUAUUAUUUGUCUGAUAAUCGAAUGAGACGCCAGAGACGCGUCUGUGUUGAUUUCUGUGGAUGGUGAUCGAGUGGGCCUGAUGAUUCUUCCUCCUCCUCCUCCUGCUCCUCCUCCACCGCCACUCCUUAAACUAUCAUGUGCCUUGGCGAUGCCUACGGAUGCUUCGAAUUGCGUUGAUAAACCCGCACAUGUUGGUGCAAUCAUCUGUCAUAUCAGGCGCACUCGUAACAUACAGCCAUUGUCACAGAAUCACGUUUUCAGUACCAUAGGAAUAAAAACGUUCGUUCGAACGGACAUCAUAUUGCGCGCGGGCUUUGAGCAGAAAUUUCAUCUCCGAUCCGCUAAGCGUCUCGGGAACGAGUACGCACUCGGGCGGGAAGAAACCGGUGGUCAAGAUUGAAUGUACGCCAGAGUACAUGAUUUGGCCGAAGAAGAAAGCUGCGGCAGCGGCGGCAGCGGAAGAGCGCUUCCAAAGCUUUCCAUGUCAAAAUCAGGGUUAUCCUGCAGCGGGCUUGGAUGUCCAAGAAGGGGACGUAGCGGAUGAGAGUACCGCGGAUAGGGAUAUGGAUGAUGACGAAAACGGAAACGUGAACGAAGAGCAGGAUGGCGAUGAGGACGAUGAUGAGGAUGGCGAUGAGGACGAUGACGAUGAGGAUGACGAUGACGAUAGUGACAAAGACGAUAAAGACGAUGACGGCCAUCGGAGUAAGAAGUUAAGGAACGAUAAAAAGGAAAGGCAUCAGGGAAAGUGGAAGAACGAGGAGCGCGAAGCGCCGCGAGGUACUCGCAGCAGCGUCGAGUGCGAUCACUGCAGGCGUAAGUUUUUUAAGAAGAGCAACUUGGCCGAGCACCUCAAGCAGCACCGGUACAAGUGUUCGGAGUGUGCAAAAACCUUUAGUAUGAAACGGUACCUAAAUGGACACAUCGAGAAGAUCCACAGGCCACACGUGUUCGAGUGUAGCGUUUGCGAGUACAAGAGCAACAAUAAAGGAACGCUCAAGAAUCACUUCAUUCGGCUGCACACGAGCAGCUUUAAUUUUGCCUGCGACACGUGCGGCAAGCAGUUCAAGAUUAAAAAAGCCCUUAACCAUCACGUCAAGCAAAAUCAUAGUGGGAACCCGCCAAUAGUCUGCGACGUCUGCGGCCACUUCAGCAAGAACCUUCACGCCUUGAAGGCCCACAUGAAGUAUCGGCACUACAAGCCCGAAUUCGAGUGCAGAAUCUGUCGUAGGGGUAUGACGACCAAGGAGAACCUCGAGCAACAUCUCACUUGGCACGAAACUCGCGAAAAGGUUCUCUGUCCCACUUGCGGUAAGAGAUUUCGCGGACGCGAUCUUGAUUCGCACAUGAGAGUGCACACGGGCGUGAAGCCCUUCCCUUGUCCUGUUUGCGGCAAGUCUUUUAGAAGGCAGACAGCCCAGGAACAGCAUGUUCUCAUCCACACCGGCAAGAGGCCCUACGUUUGCGACAUUUGCGGCCAGGCCUUCGCGCAGAAGCCCGGACUCAUCUGUCAUCGGAAGCGUCAUCCUGGACCACUGCCACCGCUACCAGUCGUAUCUAUUAAGAAUAUCGUAACCGAAUUUACCAGAGAGUUCGCUAUGAAGAAUCAGACGAUAAAAAUCGAGUAAAUAUUUCUCGAAAAAUCAACGUCCCCUUUCCUUUUCUUUUGCCAUUUCAUCUUUCUGCAUGUCUUCUUCGCUGAACAAAUGCCCAGACGCUUACGGAGUCACACAAUAAUAUAGUGCUACGAUAUCUUUUUCUUUUUUUUUUGUACAUGUUCUAUUGACCUAAUGUAAGUAAUAGGUAAUAAACGCUAUUUGGAUUAAAAAUUCGUAACGUGGCACUUUGAGGGGAGACGUAUUCAAUUUAACGAAAGGUGGCGGCUGGUGCCCGCGUCUCCAGUGCUUUGCAGUUGGAUUACUUAUUCUUUCGAGGAUAAUAAAUAUACCCAUUCGAAAAUUUCAAGGAACUCAAGUAAGAGAAAUGUAAUUUUCCGAAAAAGUAAAUAAUUUAAGAGAGAGCGAGAGAGAGAGAGAGAGAGAGAGAGAGAGAGAGAGAGAGAGAGAGAGAGAGAGAGAGAGAGAGAGAGAGAGAGAGAGAGAGAGAGAGAGAGAGAGAGAGAGAGAGAGAGAGAGCGAGCGUAGAGAAAAGGACGUGAGGCCCCACUCACAUUUUCUACAUUUAUUACAACGAAAUGGGAAAAGGGAUUUUCCUUUUGCUCUGUUUGUCGAACCAUACUAAUUUUUCCUUCAAAGUGAGUAUUCUGAGGCCAAGACUAUUGUUUUGGGGCUUCCCCAUCCUCGCAUUCAUCUAACUAGCACGUGUUUUUCUA